GUUUCAAUAAACCCUCACUCCAGAAGCCAAGUCGUCGGUACUCAGCCGAGAUCUCAAAUUGAGAGAACCACGUUUGGCCAUCUGAAGUUUCACUUUCCCACGACUGAUGCAUCCCCAACCCACUCAGCUGCGAUUACAUCAAUCCAAUUAUUUCAGUUUCGUCGUCCAAAUCCCAUGUUGAUCAUGAUGCGCUCAAGAAGUCUAGGCACAGCCACACCCCAGCCAAGCCACCAACAUCCCGCCAUCUGCUGUGCCGCAAAUGGGGUUCAUAUACAAUCAUCAUCGCCGCACCUCUUCAGCUGAUUGUGUUUGUCUUCGAUAAAGGCAAACAUUUCAAAAGAGCAAGUCUAAAUUUCGUUCAAUCGAUGCAAUGACGAGCAUCCGAGACAGACUCCAGUCUGCUGCUGCCGAAAACUCCAGACUCUCUCAAACACGUUCCGAGACAGCAUAUUCUGUAUCCGCAUACCAACAAAGUCAGAAUUAUGUUGGAAAUCUGAAGAAGCAGAUCUCCAUUGAGGAGAACAAGCUUGCGGAUGUCAAUGAACAAGUUGCACGAGAAUAUGAGGAUCACCAAAAGUAUCGUGACUCUCACAUGAGACGAUUGGCAUACAAUCUGGGAGGAAAGAAGGAGAAAUUCGCCGAGCAGGCUACGAAAGAGGAGAAAGAAUGGCUUGAUGCUGUCGCUCUUCAACUCAGAACUAAGAAAGGCCUCGAGGGAUUGAACCGGACUCUCGCCGAUGCGACAAAGGCCAGUGCUGACCUACUUGCAAUUGUCAAAGUCCAUAAUCGAGCGGGAGUUGAGCGGGAUGCUCUUUACAACUCAAUCUUUGAAGGACCGACACCCGAGAUGCCAGAAGAGGAUGCGAAAGAGAGGGAAGUCCGCGAAGCGGAGAACAAUUUCAACGUUGACCAACUUCUCUCCAGCACAGAGACACAGGCACGUGCGAUUCUGGGCGACGCAGACAAAUUUCUCAAGCGUGCAAUGGGAGAUAUCCAAGAUGCAGGAAGCUCAGCUACAGCUGAUGUCUGGGGAGUUGGAGGAACCUUUGCAGAGAUGGCAGAGAACAACGCUCUCAGCAGAUGUCAGCAAAACGUUUCUCAAGUGGAGAUGCUAGUGACCCAAGCUCAGAGAGUCCAGCCUGCUGUAGGACAUCUUGGGGAUAUGCGCGUUGCUCAGAUGGAUUUUAUGAGCAAUGUGGUCUUUGACAAUAUUUUCUCGGAUAUGGCAAUGCGCGACAGGAUUCAUGAAUCGAUGGGACAACUAUCACAUGCGCAAUCGAAUUUGAACAGAGAGAUGCAGGCUGCGGAUCAGAGGAUAUCGAGAGCUCAGUCCGAGGUGACUCGAGCAAAAUCUGUGCUGGAUAGACAGAGGAGCGAGUUGCAGCAGGUUAGGGCUGCUGCUUUUGAGAGACUCGCAAACGGCAUGGAGGUGGGGGUGGGUAGACCUCCAGAGUAUGCUGCUGAACCUCCAGCAUACAGUGCUUGAGGUGUGGAUUGGGCCAUGCGAUAUCGUAUACCAAUGUUUGGUCAUAUAGAGC